UUUUCGACGCUACGUUAUUUUAUAUACAUAUACAUAUUUUUAAUAUAAACUUAGUUAUUUAAAUUUUUUGUACUUCUCGAAAGUAAUUGGAAUGACGAAGGUGGAAAAGCAAUUUGCAAGCGAUAAGGAAUUUUGUAUAUAAUAGAAUGUUUCAAAUUUUAUGGAAGAGCAUAUGUGCCUUACAUCUUGCCUAUUACAAAAUAAUGUUAAGAUUAAUUAUUUAUAUACCUAUAUAACUAUGACGACAUUUUAUGUACUUAAUUUUUUUUUAAUAAACAUAUAAAAGUUUACAUGAAUCAUUACCAUUUACCCACUUUUUUAAAUUUAAUUAAUAUUGAUUUUAUAAUAUACUAUUUUAGAAGAGUUAUCGGGUCAGCAAAGUCGAUAACUGCAAAGAUUGCAACUAAGUACCAUUAGUUUUCGCUUUCUAUCGCUAGAUGGCUAACGAUUCUCGGGAAGACUUUUUACUAGCCGCCAUUUUCCCUAGGAAGGCUCCAUUGCACUUGGGUGUACACAACAAGUUGUUAUCAUUACCGUAAUAUUAUCAUGAAUUCAAUUAAUGGAGAGACUACAAUGUCCGUUCAGGAAGCCAUAAAAUGUUUCACAGAUAUUAUGCGCUCGUUGAAUGCAGUCGAUCAACAAAUAUUUUUAUCAUUUAUAGCCGAUAAUUGGAAACCUGAAGAAGCUAAGAUCCAAUCCCUUCCACAAAGCUGUACAAAUAAGCAAAACAGUUGCAGCAUGGAAGAUGAUCAGUUAAAAAGUUUGAAAACCAUUGCUCUUGAUAUUAAAAACAGAGUACCAUUUGAUGGUAUACUUCCAACAGAAUGCAUCGUUACACCAACAACUGGAGAGAAUUCAGAUUGCAACAAUGCAUCCACAAAGCACAUUGAUGCGUUUCUUUAUGACAGUAAGGAAGUUGACGAGCUUAUAGACCAAGGAUUAGUAGAUAAUUUCUAUUGUGCUAAUUGUGGAUCAAAUAAUGUGAAGGAAUACAAUAUCAUAUCGCAUUCAUUAUCAGUGGCUGACAUGCUACACAUAUUUCAUACUGUUUUACCAUCUUUAAAGAAUAAAACUGUACUUGACAUAGGAUCCAGAUUGGGAGCAGUUUUGUAUGGGGCAUACAUAUUGACGCCUGCUAAAAAGAUUAUUGGUGUUGAAAUGAACAAAGAAUUUUGCACACUACAGCAUGAUGUAAUAGAUAAAUAUAAAAUGAAUGAUCGCAUUGAAGUUGUAAAUAACAGAAUCGAGAAAUGUCCAGAAAUUGUGCAGCAAAGUAAUAUAAUUAUUAUGAAUAAUCCUUUUGAAUUUUAUGUAUCAGAUUCUGUGCAUAUAGAAAUAUGGAAAUUUCUAAGGGAAAACAUUCAAAAAGGAACGAUUCUUGUUACCAGACCAUCUAUUGAAACAACUUUUAAGACUUUAAACACUGGAAUAUCAAUCAACAAAUGGUUGAAACCGUACAGACCACAAAAAUUCACAGGAGAACCACAAGUGUUUGGAUCAUUGAUCUUAGACCCCGAUGAACAUUCUGAUAUCCACUUCUAUGAAGUAUUAUGAAAAAAGUCUAAUGUUUAAUUUGAACAAUUAAACGGAAAUUAUUUGAUAAUAUACGAUUAUUUAAUAACGA